AUGCAUUCGUUGGAAGUUCAAGCACUUCCAGCAACCAAAUCUCCACCAAUAACGGUUCCAAUAGUGAUUUGGGGUCCAAAACCACCAGAGAAUCAUAUAUGCGCUCUUCGAGUUCUUCCAGAUGGCGAAACAAUUAUCACAGGUUUGUCAAGUUUUUUGAAUGAAUUAUUCAUCAGCUUGAUAAUGAUUUUAGGUGCUGAAAAUGGUCAUGUAAUAAUUUGGAAAAGUUCGGAAGGUUUGACACCAAAACAAUUGAUGAUUGGUCAUUCAACUCGAAUCACUGCAAUUUCACAAACUAGUAAUCUUCCAACAAACGGAAGAUUUGUUUCAGCAUCAGCUGAUGGACAUAUUUGUUUAUGGGAAAUUGAAGAUGGUCGAGCAAUUGAUUCAACAACUCAUAUUCAUGUUCAUAGAUAUAUUCAACCGUAUACAUAUAAAUCAUCUCGUCAUACACGAGCCACUCGAUUAAUUUGUAUUGGUGAUUAUUGUGAUAUUCAAGUUAUGGAUCCACAAGAUCUCACUCUCGUAUUUUCAAUUGCUUCUCGUGUUGAACCUGAUUGGAUAUCUUGUUUCACAUUUGUUCAAAGAAAUAAUAAAAAUGAACAAUUAAUUGGGAUGACAUUAGGAGGAAUGAUGAAAGUAUGGACACUUCAAGAUUUGGAGAAAAAAGAUCAGGAAAAUUCAUUAUAUGAAGAUGAAUCAAAACGUUUGGAGAUUCAACAUGUAAAACAUAUUGAUUUUAACGCAGUUAAUCAGCGAAUAUUAUUAAUUGUUGGUUCAACUAAUUGGAUUGUUUUAGAUUUAGAAGAUUUAUCAACUGUUGUUUCAUUGAAAAAUACAGAUAUUGCUAAAAAUGUGAAUGGAUAUGUUAUUGAUGUUGAUAAAAUUGCUAUAGGAUACUCGGAUGAAACUAUCAAAGUAUUUCAACUUCCAUUAACGUGGGUUUCUAUGAGUUUGUGGGUGUAUUUUAAAAUGAAAAGUAAUAUUUUCAGAUCUCUAAAAGGUGAUCAAAUAUCAGAAUAUUUCAAAAAUGUGAUCCCAACGCAUAACUAUUUCGAAGAACCUGGUCCAUUUGUUGUUGGUUCAAUUCCUGCAACAGAAACAACUUCAAAAUCUUGGAUGAAUGAUUCUUUAUAUUCGUGUCAUAUUGAGAAUUUAGCUGAAGAUGGUAGAAAACAAGUUACAAUUACAAGAACAGUUCGAUCGGAUGGAAGUAUUUUGACGUGGAAAUUACCACCUUUUGAUCAACAAUUCAUGAAAGCUGUUCCUUCGAUGAGAAAUUUACCGUUUAGUGAGUUUUUUUUUGUGGGAAUUUGAAUUUCUGUAUAUUUUUUCAGAAUUCAAAGGAACACAUCGUGAAAGCCUCGACAGCAUUUGGAAAACAUUAAGUGAAAGUGAUGAUGGAAAUAUGCCAGUAAUAAAUUCAGACAUCGUCUGUUGCUCGCUUUUUGUAACCAGCCAAGGUAAAUUAUUCCUCGGACGAUCAGAUGGAAUUAUUGUUAUGACUUAUGCCUGCGAAACACUUUCUCGACAAUGGCUUCGAGUUCCAUCCGAAAGACCAAAUUCACGAAAAUUACUUGGACAUAAAGCUGCUGUUCGUUCACUGUUUUAUCCAUUCGAACAUGAUACAAGAUAUGAAUCACAAGUGUUUCUCAGUGGAUCUGACGAUUUUUCGGUGAUUAUUUGGAAUAUAAAUAAUGGACAUAAAUUAUAUCGAUUUGUUGUUCAUGGAGGUCCAAUUAUUUCAUUUGUUGUGCCACCAGCAAAUUGUAGUGUAAGUAAAAGUAUUUCAAUAUGUUUUUCUAAAAUCGUUUUAUUUCCAGAAACAAAUAAUCAAAUGUGUUGGCGCAUUAUCAAAAGACAAUUCAGUUGCUCUUUUAAAUAUUCGAGAUAAUAAAUGUGCACUUUUGGCGGCUCGUCAUCCUCACCCAAUUCAACAAAUCAAAUGGAGACCUCUCGAUGAUUUUAUGCUUGUUAAAUUGACUGAUGGAAGUGUUUAUGUUUGGCAAAUGGAAACUGCAAAUCUUGAUCGAAUUGUGACUGGUUUAUUAGCUGAAGAUGUUAUGAUUGCUUGUGAUGAACAAAUUGGAAUUGAAGAAGGAACUGAUGAAACAUCAGCACAUCAUGCUGUUCAAUUGAUUCGAGCACUCAAACAUAAAAAUAUUGAUGCGGUGAAGCAGAAAGUUGUUGGAAAUAGUGGAACAAGUACGCCUGGACAUCGUAAGUUUUGGCCACAUUCAGAACAGACCUGUGAAUUUUUAGGGUUUUAAAUAAUGUUAUAAAACAUUCGUAAUUAAAAUAAAUUUUAAAGAAACGAAUUUGAAAAAACUUGGCUUUAUGAUUUUUUGAAUUUGGAAUCUAGAGAUUAAUUAUCCUAGACAAUUCUCCACUUUUUCCCAAAAAUAUUUCACAUUUCCCCCGUUUUUUCCAGAUUCUGAACAUUUAUCAAAUGCUGGAACAACAGUCCAACUUGGUUCUCCAAUGAGUGUUAUUCCAUUACCUGGUUGUAUUCAAGGUGCACAUAUGGUCGAAUUUGAUGUUAGCUCAUUAAUUGCUGGAAUUUUGAACAUUGACGCUUCUCACGAUUCACCAACUCAAAAAACAGAACAAGAUUCAAUGUCUGGUUUAUCGAAAAAAUUGACAUGGCAAUUUGAAGCGAAUUUAUAUUUGGAUGUUGCUAGAUUAAUGCUUUCGAUGUUACAUGCUUGGGGUUUGGAUGAUGAUUUGGAUGAUGUUUGUGAAAAACGAUUAUCUUUGCAUAAACCAAGGCAUCGAGUUUAUUUUGGAAAUGUUUCACGGCAAGGUUUGUAUUUUGAAUAGAAUUUUGAAAAUAUUCUGAAAAAUCCUGUGCUUUUUUUUGGAUUCAAAUGCUUUUCGUGACUUUUUAUUACUCAUGUUAAUGUUGUUUAGGUGAAUUAUCAGUUAGUUUGCCUUCACGAUUUGAAACGGAAUUUGAAGCAUUUACCAAGCAAACGAGAUGGCAAGCAAGUCAUUCAUUGAACACCAAUCAUUUAUUAGCUAUUAUAUCAACUGCCAAUACAUUGAUGGCUAUGAAAAAUUCGGUUUUCCAAUUGACGUGAGUUUUUUUCCAGUUUUCAUGGGAAAAAAACGAAAAUAAAUACGUGAAUUUGUCCAGGGUCCAGAAAAUCCGAAAAAAUACGUUUCAACAUAUUUUGAAUUUGAAAAAUAUUUUGAACGAUGAGCAUUUCCACUCUUCUAGAAAUACUGAAAAAAAACCCCAAAGAAAUCUGGAAUUCUCCAAAAACUAUAUAAAAUUUCAAAUUUUCAAGAAAAUAUCGAGAAAAUUUUAAUUGUUUCAGCCGAAGUCGAAAAAGUAUGGCUGGACCAAAUCCAACGGAUACAAAAAAUAAUGAUUCAAAUAAUAUUGAUCGACAACAAAUCAAACAAGGAUGGUCCCUUGUUGCCGCACUUCAUUGUGUUCUUUUACCAGAUCAUGUUAGACCAAGAAGUAGUUAUGCAGCACCAAGUAUUGAAAUGUUAGUUCGACGAUGGCAAGAUAGUUGUUUAGAAAUUCGAGAAGCUGCACAAGCAUUGUUAAUUAGAGAAUUAGCAAGACUUGGACAAGAUGGACGAAGAAGAUUGAUUGAAUCAUGGGCUCCAUUUUUACCACCUUUACUUGAUGACACAUUAUCGAUUUUUGGGUCAAAAUUACAAUCAUCAAUUCCAACAAUUCAACCGAUAACUCAAGCUCCACCAAUUCCACCAAGAACUAAAACAUUGCCACCCAAAAUUGGGCCUGUUCAAUCAAGUGAUCCACCAACAGCUGAAGGUGGAGAAGCUGGUGUUCAACAAGUUCGACGAAAUCAAGCGACUGCUAUUAUAUUACUUGGAGUUAUUGGAUCGGAAUUUGGCGAUGAAUUGAAUCGAGCGGAUUUGACACGUGCCACUGCGGUUUCACUUCUUGAAUUACUCGUUGCUGCACAUUCUCAUCUGAUUCCGGUUCAUUCGCCAUUGAGAAGAGCUGCAAUUGAUUUACUUGGAAGAGGUUUUGUACAUUGGGAACCGCAUUUGGAGAUAUCGAAAGUUGUGUUGGGAUUGUUGGAUUUAGCGGCGAAUAAUGAGAAAACUGAGUGAGUUUUUACACUAUUUAUAAAGUAUAACGUGGCGAAAUCUUUUUGUUGAACAUUUUUUCUGGAUUUUCAGUCAUGUUAGAAUCGUUUUUAGAGUGAAAGUAAAAAAUUUUCAAAUUAGCGUUAAAAAUUUUAUAUUUUUGGCGCUGGUUCAAAAUUUCAACAAAAAAAAUCGGAAAAUCAAUUAAAGUUUUCAAGCCAAAAUUUAUGUCUGAAAUUGAUAUUAUUUCAUAAGUUGAGCAUUUAAUGAUUGCUCUCUUUAAAACAUGCUAUUUUUAUCAACUUUUUUCGAGUGAAAAUUUGUAAAAAAUUUACAAGCCAAAAUUCAUGAUUUCAGUCUGAUUAAGUUCUAAUUUCCAGAUUUUCCAAAAAUUGAUUCAAUCCAAUUCUCUAACAAAAAUACAAUAUUUCCAGAGCAACGCGAAAAAUCGUGGGUGCGCCAUUAAAUGCAAUCGAAGAUGCUGGAAGAACUGCGCGAUUAUCAUUAUCUCUUAUCGCUCUCGCAAGACCGCCUGCAUUAUUAACAGCUUUAAGUAUGGAAGUUGCUAGAUAUAAUUCAGCAGCACAACAUCAAACUAUUCAACAUACUGUAGUUUCACCAUUAUUGAAGUCGAAAUGCGAGGUAAUUAAUUUAAAUUAAAAAAUUAAAAACAAAAUAAACUCUAGUCUACUCUUAUUUUUUUAGGUGCUUCGAAUUGUUGAAGAACUUUGUGAGAAACGAUACAAUGAUAUUGUUGCAUUAAUGUUGCCAGUUGGCGAUGUUCUUGUUCAUUGUUUAGAUGUUUCAAUGUUGAAACAUAAAUCACUUGGUGAUAUUUUCCCGCCAAUCACAAAAUUCAAUAUGGUUGCUUAUUGUUCGUCGACUCGACGCAUUGCUUUUGGUGGAAUUAAUGGAACUUGUGUUGUACACGAAUUGCGCGCGACAAAAACACAUGUAAGGUUUUUCUGAUUCAGAUUCACAGUUUCAGAAAAAUUUUAAACCUCAUUUUUCAGACAUUACCUUCUCACUCUGGCCCAAUCACAAGUCUGUCAUUCAACGAAGAUGGUAAAUAUCUGGCGACUUUUGGUGCCCAAGAUGGUAAAAUCAACUUUUUCCAAACAAGUCAAACGUUCUUGGUUAGCUUUUUCCUUCAUAAACUACCCGAAUUCAAAAAUUAAAAUUAAUAUUUUUUCAGGGAAUGGGACAAAAUCAAAUGAAAUUGUACAAAUCGCAACCAGCGCCAACUGUUUCUGUCCCGAUUUCUCCGACUGGAAAUAGUUUCCGACCAAGACUUGUUUGGAUCAACUCGAAAUCGCUGGCUCUUAUGCUUCCUGAAGGAAGAGAGCAACGAUUUUCAGUUUAG